AGACAAAUAUCACUUGCUGUGUCAUAGCACAUGGAUUUCAGGACCGCCUGUGAAGAGACAAAGACAGGGAUUUGUUUGCUGCAGGAUGGUAACCAGGAGCCUUUCAAAGUACGACUGCACUUAGCCAAAGAUAUUUUGAUGAUCCAGGAGCAGGAUGUGAUCUGUGUGUCUGGUGAGCCUUUCUAUUCUGGUGAAAGAACGGUAACAAUUAGAAGACAGACUGUAGGAGGAUUUGGAUUAAGUAUAAAGGGUGGAGCAGAACAUAAUAUUCCAGUGGUCAUUUCUAAGAUUUCCAAAGAACAAAGAGCGGAACUUUCAGGUUUGCUCUUUAUAGGAGAUGCAAUUCUACAGAUUAAUGGAAUUAAUGUGAGAAAAUGCAGGCAUGAAGAAGUG